GUUAAAAACCAAAAAUAAAAAUGUCGAAUGUAACGCCUUUUUGCGUCUUUUGUAAGAAAAAAAAUUCUUUUUUAAAAUCAUUUAGUAAGGAUAAUUUAAUCAAGUGCAGUGCUAUAUUGAUUGUUCGGAAAAAUAAUAAACUAACUGGACACGAAUGGGUACUUCCCACAGAGCAAAGCAAUUUUCAGCUAUACCAUAGUGAAUGUUAUCGGCGCUUUACGGCUUUGCCACCGAAGUAUCGGAAAAAAACAGCAGCAUCAGAAGACGCAUCUUCUUCAAGAUUACCACAACAAGCGGAUGACAAUGCACAUGCAGAGGCAAGUGGAAUCGCUAGUAUCAGCAAUGUUUCAUCCACCGAGAACGUCAACCUUGGCGAGGUUAAUCUAGAUCUACCGGUUUCCGAAAACGUUAGCUUUGCUGGUGAACCCGAUAUAGCUCCUGAAAACAUCACUGAAGAUGUCACUACAGAUGUCACUGCAGAUGUCACUACAGAUGCCACUGAUGAUGGUACUGAAGAUAAAAAUAUAUACACAUGCUUGUUUUGUGGAAAAACCCGGAAAAAAUUUAGAGGGCGUGAGGAAAAAUUAUCAAUCUUUACAAAAAACGGACUCGAUUCAGUCGAAAUUUUGGCAGUUGAGAGUAAUGAUUAUGACAUGACCCCGAAGCUUCAGAAUUUACCAUCAGACCAAGAGUAUUUUUUUCAUAAAAAUUGUAAAAAUAAUUAUAUCACUUCGAGAAAAUCUAUACUACAACAAAGUAAAGAAAAAUCUGAAUGGCAUUUAACAAGAAACAUCCGUGCAGAAGCUUAUGAUGUUGUCGAGAAGUUUGUCGCUGAAAAUAUUGUCCGUCAAGAACAAUCUUUUUUUUUGAAAUUUUUAAACGAUAUGUUUACUGAACAUUUAAUAAAAAAUCAACAAGAUGUGUCAAGUUACAGUUUCAAACCGUAUCAUUUGAAAAAAAGAUUACUGAAAAAGUUUUCAAAACAAAUUAGUAUCAUCUCUUUUAAAGAUCAAAUUAUGGUAAAACCUUUCAAGGGUAUUAUGAUUAAGAAUGAAGUGGAAAAACAGAAUAUUUCAGAUGCAGCUGCAAGUAUUUUACACGACGAAAUACCUCAAUGAUUUUCCAUGUUUGUCAGAUUAGUAUUAAUGCAAACGUGACAAUUCGUUGUUCCAACCCUGACGUGUUAAUAAUUAUGUUAGCCAACAUGGUUAAUAUAUCAGAAAAUAUCCACGUUUGCAUGGAAGUUGGUGUUGGAAAAAAUCAAAGAUUUAUCGAUGUUACUCAACUAUAUGAAGCUUUGGGAUCUGAUUUGAGCGCAGCACUUCCGGGAUUUCACGCAUUGACUGAACCCGGCUUCUUUAGAAAAGGAAAGAAGCGUCCUUUUUCAAUAAUGGCUAAAUCAAAAGAUUUCACGAGGUGUUUCAUCCAAAUGUCAAAUCCAUUGGAGAAUAAAGAAGAGAUUUUUGGGAAAAUACAUGAGUUUGUUUGUUAUAUGUAUGGAUUUAGUCGAUUAAAAAAUAUCAAUGAGGCAAGAGUAGGAUUGUUUGAAAAAACAUACAAACUCUUGGACACUGAUACAUUCAAGUUGCCCAAAAAGGGUAUUGAUGGCUCUUCUUUACCACCAUGCAGAUCAGAGCUAUAUCAGCAAUUUUUAAGAGCAUGUUAUAUAGCUCAAAUUUAGUCAUAUGCACACCUGAAAAUUCCAAUUACUGAUGAGCCUUCAGACUGUGGCUGGGUAGAAAAUGAUAACAAAUUUGAAUUCAACUGUUUUUAUGGAACUCAAUUGCCAACAUCGAUUGAUAAAAUAAUUAUUCAGCCCGAAGAAGUUAACUUUUUUUAUCAUUUUGAUUAUAUUAUACUCAAUAUGCAUCCUAAUAUUUUUUUUAAAUUUUUGUACAGAUGAUAAUAAUAAUAAUGAAAACAUGACAGUGGACAGCUCUGACAGCGACUCUGAUAGUGAGUCAGAGAGAGGCGACAGUGACACAAGCCAGAGCGACAACGAAACUGAUUAAAUUACACUAUUAUUUAUAAUUAUUUUUUUGUAAUCAAUGUUAUUUUAUU